AUGGCACCAGAAUAUGCAUUAUGGGGCUAUCUGACAUACAAAGCAGAUGUUUAUAGUUUUGGCAUUGUUGCAUUAGAAAUUGUUGCUGGAAAGAACAAUACAAAAUAUAGACCAGAGGAGGAUUUUGUAUGCCUUCAGGAUUGGGCUCUUGUUUUACAACAAAAGGGAAAUUUAAUGGAGUUGGUGGAUCCAAGGUUGGGGUCGGAGUUCAACGAGGAAGAGGCAAUUAGAAUGAUAAAAGUAGCUUUAUUGUGCACUAAUUCAUCACCUGCACUUAGACCAAUCAUGUCUGAGGUGCUAAACAUGCUUGAAGGUCGAGCCCUUGUUCCUGAAUUAAUCAUGGACCCAAGUAUCGUCGGUGAUGAGUUGAGAAUUGGAGCCCUGAGGGACCAAUGCAACCGAAUGCAGACUCGGAAGGACAAUGAAACCAGCACGUUUAGACAUUCAUCAGAUUCAACAGCAUUGCUGGGCUCUUCUUUAUCGUUUGUUCAAGAUGCAUCAAAUCAAUCUUGA